CGUGUUAUGCAAAAAAUGGCCCCGAAUAUAUACCAAUUGAUUGAUUAACACUAGAUGUUCCAUUUGAAGCAUUAAAAUAAAAUAGAGAUUCAGUGCUUUCAUUUCCCAUCAAAAAAUUUCUCCAAAAACUCCAGGUCUUGGAGAACUGAUUUAUUGAAAUUGCAAGGUUCUUGAAUUUUAAGGUAAAUAGGUAUAUUUGAGUACUAACAUUGAAGAUAAAUGUCUUAAAACAUGUCUUUUAAUCCUAAGAAACAGUUUUAUCCUUUACUUGUUGCAUAUUUUAGAUAAGAGGUUGCGCCCUAUAUUAGAUUACCGAAAAUAGCUUUGAAUUGGCCGUUCUUGUAGACUUUUUCAGAAUAUGAGGAAAUUGACCCAUUUUGUGACGUCAUUAUACAUUGACUAGUCUGAUAAUUAUGUCAUUUUUGAUGGAUGCGCAAUCACCAAAGAUCCAAGUGAUAUUCAAUACAUUGUUAACUAAAUUUAAGCCGUUUCUUUUUUCAGAAAUUUGCAGGGCCAAAAAAAAGGCCAAGAAGGUCCUAGUUUUCGACGCUACAUGUCAAACACAAUGUUCGGUAUAGCUAUUCCUCUCAUUUUGGUGCUGUUUGACACAUGUGAUUGCGAUUCCCAGACUGUACGUGUUCUUGGAAAACCGAAUAUUAGACCCCUUUAUCUGAAUGUGUCCGAAUCGAGUGAUGCGAAGACGAAAACUGCGUAUGGAAGAUUCCACUGCCCCCCUGACACACAAUUAAGGAUUUUUGGAGGGACAAUUGUCACAUUUGACAAAGUAUCGAAAUCAAACGGUAUCAAUACCCUAUGCGAACUAGUUGUCUAUUAUGAAUCAUGGUGGAGUCAACCAAUACUUUCCCUUGAAUCUGAAUCUGUCUCUGAGGACCUCGCUAUUCAUCUCAACGGAAGCGUAAGCAACGGUGAACAAACUGAGUUUUCCGGAACCGAUUGCUUAGUUGGAAUAAAGAGGUCAUCUGAAAAGCAAAGUACUACAUAUACCGCUGUUAUUCAAAAUUGCGACCCAAAUCUCCCCAUUGAAAGCACUUUUUACAUUUGGCUUGAAAAAUAUAGUGGUACGGUUUUCUACCUUCCUUCAGACCCAUACUGCUACGAUUCAGAUACCACGAAUAUGAAGAAUCUGAAAUCACAAUGUUCGACAUAUGUAUCCUUCGACCCAUUUAACGUUACCUUCCAUGAAGAUAAAAUGGCCGCUGACAAUGUUAAGCUGAGAAGUAACAAGUUCCAUCUCACGGGUUCUUGCACAGGUACAUGCAUAACGGUUAGGAAUCAAUGGUUUUUCUUAAUAGUUUAGCUUUCCUGUGUAUAUUUUCACUGAAAUAAAGUGCAAACCUCACAAUC